CAGUCCUUCCUCACCAAGUUGACAUGUACGACGUAGAAGGAUCCUACUCCAUCACAUAAAUCCAAUUUUACGUUAAAUUUUAUUCUUUAAAACCUUACUUUGACCUCAAUCAUGGACUUUGGCGAAGUCCUACAAACAGCGAAACAAAAUGGGUCCUCAAAACAGCAGAUUCAAUAUUACUCGACGAAAUUCGCCCCGCCGAAAAAGGAACAACGCAACAAGACGGUGUCGGUGAAUGUGCAAAAAUUUUUAGCUAGAAAAGAGGCGGAAGAAAAGCAAAAAAUGGAAGAAGCUCGUCGACGGAAAGAAAAAUUAUUGGAGUUACGUUCGCAUGAUAAAAAAGCAACAAGACGCGUUAGUGUAAUGCUUAAAAGAACAAAAUCUGCUAAUAAAGCGGUUAUUGAGGAUGCUAAAGAUGCGGAUAACACCGCGGUGACUUUAGUGGGGCCCAGUCAGCCUGAUGAAGACGAUUACGGGUAUGUUUCAAAAGAAUCUGAAGCUUUGUAUAAUAAAAUGAUGGAAAAAUAUAAUAAAAUGCCGGAGGAGGAUAAAUUUGCGAUGGGAAAGCGAAAAGUUAGCACAAAUUUAAGUAAUACUAAAGAAAAAGUAAUGGCUGCAUUGGAAAGGGAGCGUUUAGAAGCUAGUUUACCACAUAGGCGGAAAAGAAAACAUCAAUCAAGUGAAUCCUUGGAACCUGAAAGAAGUGAAGUUUCUCCUAAAUACGAAAAUGAAAAGAAAAAAGAAAAAACUAAAUUUAAAGCUGCACCUCCUGUUAAUUUUGAUGAUUUAUUGAAAUUGGCUGCCAAAAAACAACAUGAACCAAUAAUAAUAGAACCCAAAAAAGUAGAAGAAGAACGCCUCUUAACCAAAAAGCAGAAAAAAGAGAUGGAAAAAGAAAAAGAAUGGAGAGAUAGAAAAGAAUCUCGGGGAAAACCUCAACCUGAAAAUCGAAAUACUAUCUUAAAACCGCCUCAAGCGGUCAAUGGGGCUCCAACAAACGAUAUCAAAAACAUAAAAAAAUCAGAAUUCAAAGUGCCUAUUGCAAAACCAUCGUUGCCUUCUUCAAAUCUACCUAAAAUCCAAUCAGAAAAGAAUCCUAUAGCCAAAGAUAUUAAUAAACGCGUUGAAAAGUUGCCUCAAAAAAUUAAUGAUAAAGAACGAAUUGAAAGAGAAAAGUUAUUAAUGAAAAAUCCGAAUUUACCAAGUCUUAAUAGAAACGGCGAAAAAAAACCAAUUCAAAGUUUAACAAAUGGAAAACGAAAAGAAUUAAAUUCUAAAGAUUUACAAAAACGCCCAUUGGAUGUUCGACCUCAAAAAAUGCAAGAUAUUAAACCGAAAGAAUUUCCUCCUAAAGAUUUAAAACCUAAACAAUUUCCCCCUUCGGAUUUAAAACCGAAACAAUUCCCACCACCGGACGUUAAAAAGAAACAAUUUCCAUCGAAAGAUGUUAAAAGAAAACCAUUGGUUGUUAAUAAAGGUCGGAUUUUGGAUGAUGAUGAUGAUUACGAUUCAGAAAUGGAUGAUUUUAUUGAUGAUGGUCCGGAUGAAGAGCAAGAUUACUCGAGUAUAAUUGGACAGAUUUUUGGUUAUGAUAAACGGAGGUAUAAACAAUAUGAUGAUGAUGAUGAUACUGAUAAUAUGGAAAGUACUUUUGCUCAGCAAAUGCGAGAAGAAUGUAUAAGUACUAAAAUCGGUAUAAAAGAAGAUUUAGAAGAUAUGCAACGUGAAGAAGAAGAAAAGAAAUUGAAAGCUCAAAGGAUGAAGAAAUUAAGAAGAGUUUAGAUUUACGUUUUCGUAAUAUUUUUUUUUUUUAAUUUUUACAGAGUAUUUUCAAGAUUUUGUUUUUCUUUGUUCUGGGAUAAGAUUUAAAUGUGAUACCGGAGUAUUUGUUAAGUUUAGAACGUUUAAACACUUUUUAUGUAUACAUUUUUAUAUACAGGUGUAACAAAUAACCUUUUUUUCACUCUGUAUAUUAUUUUUAUUGUGUUUUCCAUAUUACUGGAAAAGUUUAAACGAAAUGAAAACAACACACAAUUUAAUAACUUAUAUUAAUUAAAUAUUUCUUUUCUUUUUGUAUAUAUAUUAUAUAAAUUCACCAUUGUAUAACAAGUAUGGUAUUUUUAUUAAAAACUUAUUGAAGGAUUAAUAAAAUAAAAUUGGCUAGUGCAAAA